AUGGCCCACGACUGGCUCUCUGCACAUUUCUCGGGCUAUCUCGUCCUACAACCUUCCGCCGCCGCUCGACGUCAGCACUCUGGUUCGGUCCGCUUCUCGACCUCCUGGACACCAUUCGAAUCGGCUCGACAUUGCAGCCAGGCACUAAGGCAGGAGAGAUUCGAGCCGGUGCAAGUGCCUCACCACGCCAUCCAAGCUCAACAAGACAGCGCUCGGCUCAGCUCAAGUCUUCCGACUAGAAGCCUUCAGAGAAUCUUCAGCCAUUCCACCGGCCACCUGUCAUUGCCAUUUUGGCAAAGGUGCGACGACCGUCUUUUGCUUCGCCUCCGCCGGCUUUCGACGGUGCUGCUGUCUCAUCCCCUCACACAACUUCAAAGUUCAAACACUCUGUGGUGUGCGUCUGCCUUUUGCCCAGACCAGGGCGGUCUGGGGCCGACAGAGCGGGCUCCCGAGCAGAGCUUCUGCUUUAAGACCCUCGCAGCCCUCCACCUUCCACGUCCCCCGUUGUGGCCGGACGGGGUCGGUGGACAGUUGAGGUCGACUCCUUCGAGAACAAGACUGGAUGAUGCACUUGACCCAUCAAGGCAGGAUAAGACGGGGUCAAGCCUCAGGCUGAAUGGCGCUGUGGAUGAAGAGAUUGGUGGACUUGCCCUACUGGGCAGGGCAACAAGGCGGUAUACUUCCAGUGUGGAGCAAUACUGUAUUCGUGACACUGCCCUGCGUGACGAUGACGACGAGGCGAAGGCCCAUCAAGUUGCGCCCUUGGACAGGCAGCUGGGCUCAAGUCGAGAUCUUAUACAGUGCAUUCAACAGUGGCUGCGUGCGAAUACAUGGUCAUCGACGGUCUCCUUUCCCUGCGCUGAGUACGGAUACAAGCCGUCCAACGAGUCGACUCGGAUUGGAAAAUGGGCGCGCACAUAG